CUCAGUACACGUGUGGCAGCCGCUUAGUAUUCACAGGUGUAGCUCCGCACAUCGGCGCGGUCAACCACAGAGGACUCGUAUUUUUGCUGGAUCGCGCAACGUUAUACCGAGGCUGAUUAAGGCUAAGCUUGGUCUUCAGUUAUAAACAUUACAAGUGGUUGUGCAGACUAGUCCAUCUCCUCAGGAAACCUCUCACAACGAAAUCAAGGGGUGCACCUCCGACCCAGGCCUCAACCCAGCAUGACCCCGAGAUAUGGCACGCGACAAAGAACACAGGACCAUGUCACAAAGUGGGGGCACACUUGAAGUCAGCAUAAUGCUCAGCGAGGGGAGGAGUGCCAGGUUCCUCCUACUGCUGGUUCUACUCUUGCAGCACGUGAGCGACACGCAGGCACAAGCCAACAGAUGUGACGCGCCCAUGGGCCUCCAGGACGGCACCAUCCCUGACGCCAACAUCACUUCCUCCGUGGCGGACAGCUUCCCUGAGCGGGUGCGGCUUGGAGGUGAUGGAGCAUGGUGCUUCACGGUGAGUUGGGGCGCCGCCAUAACCCUCACUGUGGACCUGGGCACGACGAGGCUGGUGUCAGGAGUGAUGGUGCAAGGACCGCCCGCCUCCCUCUACCCUGUCACCUACCACUACGCCAUUGGAUUCUGGAUUCUCAACAGUACAGUGGACGCCACGGGCCCUUGGGGCAUCUGCUGCGGAGACAACUUCUAUGCCAGGGAUGAAUAUGAGGAGGCAGAAGUCACUCAGGUGCAUCCGCUGAAAUCUCUGGUCCUGGCGCGAUAUCUCCGCCUGCAGUUUAGGACUGAUGUUCUCUCCAUCGGCAACGACACCAAAUGCCUUCGCCUGGAGAUACUUGGAUGUCCAGCAAACAUGGAGCCCGACAGUGGGGUAGGACUGACCACAGAGAGAAGUGGGUGGGUGGUGAUGUCGUGGCGACCGCCAGUGGUACAGCUGCCCCAAGUGAAUGGUUCCCUUGCGCCCUUUACCCUCACCACCACUGACUAUCAGGUGAGCAUAUCGAGGACUGGAGGCGGAGAGCCGAAGAUGCUGUGGGAGGCGAGCGUGAAGGCUUUGCGCUACGUGUUGCCAUUGCCAUUGUGGGGUGCCACGUACUCAGCGACGGUGGUGUGCGUGCAUCAGGGCCGCCAGAUUAGGUGUGGCGCUACCUCCCUCACCGCUGUACUCGAUUCCUGCGACACAUGCAUUAAGGAGGACGAAGUGAUGUUCCGGAGACCAACUGUGGUACGCGCUUGUGUGGCGCGAGACGGCGAGGUGGAACUCAUGUGGGCCAUGGAUACCCGUGGCUGGGUGACCCGCCGCCUCGACCUGCUGCUGCUCUCGCGGGACGGCACGCAGAUUGACCAGCGGAGCCUCACCAGCCAGGACACCCGUGGCCGCGUGACUGGAGUGACAGCCGGCAACUCGUACACUGUCAGCUUCUGUCCCAUGUCGGACUCCCAAAAACUGGCUGAAUUUUCUUACAACUUGCACAUAAUUUCAUGGGAGAACGUGGAAGGCACGACACAAACCACAGGUUAUGGCGCUUUCCUCGCUGACGUGAAUUUGUCCGCUGACGUGUUGUGGAAUGGAACACUCAAGCUCACCUGGAUGCCAGCCCAGGUGUGUGGAAUGGUAUCGGGGAGCGCAGCACAGCCCACGAUGGCUGCCGCGCCACAACCCAAGCAAACUACACAAGUAAUUCAAACCACACAGCUCACCCAGACCAUGGACACCUCCCCUGCAGGCGUUCCCCAAGCCGCAGACACCACCACCACGCGUGUUCCCCAAGCUACAAACACCACCUCCAUCACAGGCAUUCCCCAAGUCACGGACACUUCAGUCACUACAGCAAUGACUCAAGCCACCCAGACACCGCAAGGUACAAACAACAAUGCAAGUGCAACGACUGAAACUCCCUUCUUGACGACCGAUAUUUCGCCCUCAGAGGCAAUACUCACACCUCCGACGCGUCAACCCACCACCUUACCACAGCAAACACAGUCCGUGGUGCCUGACAUCCCGUUCCUGGCGCCUGGGUCUCCGGCCCUCACAACUGGUGCCCCUACACUUCCACCCAUGGGAGGCACCGUCAUGACUGCCAUCACUUACACCCUCAAUAUCACUUAUGGCAAUGAACAGGCGAGCGAGACGGUGCAGCAGGGCGAGGGCAGUGCGCCGGGCGAGCCGGUGAUGCGUAUGUUCAUGACACAGAUCAGCUUCCAAACACUCUAUACAGUCAGCAUUAUGUGUAGCUUCGGCAGCAUCUCCUUAGAGUGCGGCACAACGAGCACCUUUACAGAACUGCCUCUCCACAUUGUGCAAGUGGACGGGCAGGACGUGGUGCAUAUGGUGGCUGACGGCCGCGCAGGAUGGGCGCAACAAGAGGCGAGGUGCAGGAGAGGAGAUGGCAACUUGGUUUCCUUGUCCACACGGGAGGAGGAAGCUCUGCUUGUGAGAUCCCUGACUAGAGACCCCAGCCAACAACUCAGCAAUUUCUGGCUAGGACUGAACCUGUGCCAGACCUACACAGGAAGAAGGUGGAGCGACGGGUCUGUGUGGAGAGACAUCUGGAGAGUGUAUAACCCCAACAGCCAGCUGUCCAGUACCACGUGUUGCAUCAAGGCAGCCUGGAACGUGAACCAGUAUAGCUGGGUUGGGGAAGCGUGCGACGCCCUUCUCCUUGCCAUCUGCGAAUACCGACCAAAUGGUCUGAUGGGGAGAGUGACAUUGCUGGAGCGAGCUGCAGCCAACACCACCCAGGCAGGGGUCACAUGGACCUAUGAACCCAACUUUUGGAUGCCUACCUCUUUCACUGUCUCCUAUUGUCUCUUUAGAAAGCUUGAGAACAUCACAGACUCUGGAAAUGCUUCUGACACGUGCCUGACAGCUGACCUAGACGUGGAGGCAAGAGAGCAUCAACGGGAUGACUUGGAGCCUUUCACAGAGUACCAAGUAACUGUGGCACCUUCCUUUACACUACUCAACUACACCAGUGGGGCAAGCGUCACCUACGUCCGCACCUUUCCUGAGAAUCCCUUGCUGGUGAAGGUGGACAGCACAGGAUUCGUCAAUAUAAUGUUUGCCAUCAAGGUGUCAGAAUUUGGUGGUGAAGAAGAAGUGAGUGUGAGACUGGCCAGCACCGACCCUUAUUCUGUCGUGGCACAGAGAAGAGUGCCUGCCUCAGGUGUGCGCUUUGGUGGCAUCCAGUUGGGUGUCAACUAUACUGUUAGUGUGCGGGAGGUAAACCCUUUGAGGCGCAGGGAGACGCUCACACUGCUGGCAUACCCUCCAUGUGCAUGUGAGGGAUGUCAAGUUGAUGUGUCAUGCUACAUGACCACGAAGGCACCAGCAAACGCUGAGCAGGCCGUGAGGGAUUGCCAGCAGCAGGGAGCAUCCAUGGUCACCAUCAACUUGCCCAAAGAGAUACAGCAAGUGUUACAAAUGGCCAUGGAUGUUGGAGACGACCUGUGGGUGCAGCCUUCAUCUGCCAGGAUCCGGGCUGCAGGAGACUCAUUUACAGGAAUGACAAUAGAUAACAUACAGUGGAUUGAGACAAAGACAAACGAGUCUCAGGAAUCCUCAGACUGCCUGGUGGUGUCUCGAGAAGCACGAGGAGUGGUGCAAGAGGACUGCACCAUAGUCCACCUUGCAGCCUGCAGCUACAGAGCUUUUGUUGCACAACCCUUCGUCAAUAUCAACACGGAGGUGGGGCCCACUUCAGUGUCAGUGACAUGGAAUGCCAGUGCCUCUGGCUGGCUGACACAGCAGAUCUCUGUCAUAUAUAAGAAGACAGCUGAGCGCAACCUCAGGUGGAUGGCUGCCACUUCACAGCCAGUGGUGAUUAACGACCUGGAGCCAGACAUGGGCUACACCCUGGUGCUGGAGGCAGAUCUGGGCAGCAACGUCCUGGUCACUUCAAAGGAGUUCAAAAUAUUCACCACCAAUGACACCACAGGAAAACUUGUCUCUCCACUGAUUUUGGGUAUGUCACCAAUGCUGCAGUACCAAGCACUGCAGCUGGUGUGCAGCUCCCUCCUGGUGGUUGCUUGCAUCAUUACCAUGCUCUUCUUCUUCGCUACAGGGAUGUUCUACCAGGACUGCGUGGCUCAACUGGGAUUCGAAUCAGCGCUGAUGGUAGCCUAUCUUGUGCUAAUGAUUGUCUAUCCAACAUCAGCGCAGACAAACAAUAAGACUGCCUGUAUUGGGAUAGCAGUGGCUCUUCACUUCCUCUUCUUGUGCGCCUUCACAUUCCUGAUGUUGGAAGCACUCACACUCGCCCACCUGCUGGUUAUCUACAUCAAGAGUCCAUUCCAGAGAUCAAACUGGGUGAUGGUGGUGGUAGGUCUAUUGCUGCCCCUUCUGGUGGUGGCCUUCACUGCAGGAUUUGGUUCCCAACAGUACCCUGAUUUUAGUGUUGGAAACUGUUGGGUCAACCCUAAUGGGAACGCAAUGUGGGGGGAAGUAGUACCUAUCGGCAUCCUGGUGGCAGCCACUGUCUUCCUGCUGGGCAAUACCUUCUUCACACAACAGAUGCCACCUGAGCUGGCUGAGGAGGAGCACCGUGGCAGACAAAGCGACAGCCACAAGCUGCGGUGGGUGGUGCUUGCCCUGUGUGUGGAGCUGCUGGUGGCUUGGGCCUCUGGGGUGGCCGCCAACCAGUCAGGUGACCAGGGGAUCUAUGUAUUUUUCUGUGUCAUGACCCUGGUGCUCGCCAUCACCAUUGCAGGUGCCAGGACCUCUUUUGAUGACACAUUCCGCAGCAAGAUGCAUCGCCUGUGUUGUGGGACAGAGCUUACAUACAAACGCAGUGAGAUUCUGAGCAUCAGUGCACGCUCCCGCAUCACUCCAACACACAAGCCAGAGGACGUGUCCAGCACCAGCAUUACUACUGGCAGCAGCAGGUACACUACCAGUGAGGAGAGGACAAGCCAGGUCACCACAUCACCAACUACCUCCUUGCCCAACACACCCUCUGAGGAGCAGCAGGAGCAAAGAGUCCUCAUGAAGCGCACCUACAACUUUACUGAUGAAGACACCAAUGAAAACUAG